GCGCUCAGGUGGAGCGGCAUCACAGACGGAGAGAGACGACAGCAGCAGCAGCAGCAGCAGCAGCGGGGUGAGAGAUAUUUAAAGCCCGAAGCGAGGCUGCACCGCAGAGAUAAGGCUUUUCACCAAGCUGCAGGCUGCGAAGACUGACGCGAGAGGACACUUAAACGAAAUGAAACUGUUCACGUCGGUGGUUCUGCUCGGGGCGGCGGCCGCGGUCGCCCUGGUCGGCGCGGCCGGUGCCGACGGUGAGAUCUCCUUCGAGUACCACCGCUACGAGGAGCUGCGGAAGGCGCUGGUGUCGGUUUGGCUGCAGUGUCCGACCAUCAGCCGCAUCUACACCAUCGGGGAGAGCUUCGAGGGCCGCGAGCUGCUGGUGCUGGAGAUGUCCGACAACCCCGGGACGCACGAGCCGGGUGAGCCCGAGUUCAAGUACAUCGGCAACAUGCACGGCAACGAGGCGGUGGGCCGGGAGCUGCUCAUCUACCUGGCCCAGUACCUGUGCAACCAAUACCAGCAGGGCAACGAGACCGUCAUCGACCUCGUCCACAACACCCGCGUCCACUUCAUGCCCUCCAUGAACCCGGACGGCUUCGAGAAGGCGGCUUCGCAGGUGCCGGGGGAGAUCAAGGACUGGUUCGUCGGCCGCAGCAACGCGCAGGGGGUGGAUCUGAACCGCAACUUCCCCGAUCUGGACCGCAUCAUCUACAUCAACGAGCGGGAGGGCGGAGCCAACAACCACCUGCUGCAGGACAUGAAGAAGGCAGUGGACGAAAACACCAAGCUGGCUCCAGAGACCAAAGCAGUGAUCCACUGGAUCAUGGACAUCCCCUUCGUCCUCUCGGCCAACCUCCACGGAGGAGACGUGGUGGCCAACUACCCGUAUGACGAGACUCGCACUGGCUCCACCCACGAGUACAGCUCCAGUCCAGACGACGCAAUGUUCAAGUCCCUGGCGAGGUCCUACUCCAUGUACAACCCGGUCAUGUCCGACGCCAACCGCCCCCCCUGCCGCAAGAACGACGACGACUCCAGCUUCAAAGAAGGCAUCACCAACGGAGGAGCCUGGUACAGCGUGCCAGGAGGAAUGCAGGAUUUCAACUACCUCAGCAGCAACUGCUUUGAGAUCACCCUGGAGCUCAGUUGUGACAAGUUCCCCAAUGAGGACACGCUGAAGACCUACUGGGAGCAGAACCGCAACUCACUGGUCAACUACAUCGAGCAGGUUCACCGCGGCGUGAAGGGCUUUGUGCGUGACCUCCAGGGGAACGCCAUAUCCAAUGCCUCCAUCUCGGUGGAGGGCAUUGACCAUGACAUCACCACAGCCAAAGAUGGAGACUACUGGCGUCUCCUGGCACCAGGAAACUACAAAGUGGGGGCCUCUGCCCCGGGAUACCUGACGGUCAUCAAGAAGGUGGCUGUUCCCUACAGCCCUGCAACCAGAGUGGACUUUGAGCUGGAGUCUCUGAUGGAGAGGAAGGAGGAGGAGCGGGAGGAGCUGAUGGACUGGUGGAAGAUGAUGUCAGAGACACUGAACUUCUGAAGCGUUUGAUGAACGGACCGUCUGCACAUCGAUGUAAUAUAUUCAACACCCUGUGUGACCGUCUGCGGGAUAUUUUGUCUCUUUCUUCGUUUUGUUCUACUUGGAUCAUUAUUUGAAUCGGUCAUUAAUGUUCAUUACUGUAACGGUUCGCCUCAUACUCCUGUAGAUGGUUUUAAAUGUCCUGCAGACACAGGAACAAUUACUGAUUUACACGGAAGGAAUUUACAGGUAGUUUGAUGGCAAUGAGGUUCGGUGUUAAUUUCUGUGGUGUUGUGUUCUUUAUCGUACACGUGAUUUGGUAACCAUGGCACCCAUCUAUAUAACCAAUUACUGAGUAGCUAUGUAUGUAAAAGAGCUUUUUACAUCGUUAACACGCGGCCCUGUCCCGAAAUAAAAAUAAUUCAUCUUUUUUUUUCCUAUUUUAAAUGUCUCUGUUUCUCCAGGCUUUAGGUCAAAAGUACAACAUUAAAAACACACACACACACACACUUUUGGGCAACUGUAAACCUGCACGUACUUAUUCUGUUUUCGUCUCGGUAAAAAAUGAAAUAGAAAUGCAACCCUAUAAGUUUGAGCACAUCCGGCAGUAAAGUCACUGUAAACAUUGUAUUGUUAACGAUCUAUACAGGCGAGCCCAUUUCCCAGUGUGUUAUAAAUGUCCAGAUAUUUUUUAACCGAAUGCAGCACAGCUUUGAUUUGAGCACAAGACGAAUGGUUAUAACGUAUACUGUAUUUAUGAACUAUAGGUAUAACAAGAAACAUGUGUUUUUUUUUUAA